UCAAUUUUAUUUCUAACUACACAUACCUAUUUGACAAUUAUUAAUCUUACCAAAAAUGGCCGAAUUAACACCGUGGACAGAAGUCUCUGCAUCAUGGAUGAGUGCUUGGGGCGACGAAGAUGAUAUUUCAAUAAAAAAUGAAGAAUUUGAUGUACAGAACGGCACUAAUAAUGGGAGCAUUACAUUUGAUAUUGAUUCCGAUUUAAUAAAUGCUAGUGCGAAUAUUGAUAAAGAAUCCAGUUGUUCAACGAAUGCCACAUUUGUGGAUAUAUGUCAUGGUUUAGAUCUUGAUGUUGCCCAUUUAGCCCAAGAUCAUCAUGCAAUUAGUAGUGUAAAUAAUGAAGAAAUUGAACACACAACAAUUGCCGAUACGCUACCUUCAUCUGGGAUAAAAUUAAUUGGUCAAGAUCGUAUCUUAAAUAAUCAUCAAGAAUUUAAAGUUAUGACAGAGCAAGAACUAGCAACGGAAUACCUAAUGAACUCCGUGAAUUUAAUGAAAGCAUCAAAACAUCAUAGUUCACCACAAAGCAAUGAAAAUUUAAUAUUGGAUGAUAUGCAGUUGGAUGAAAUGUACUCAAGUACAAGUAAUUUAUCGAGUACCGAUUUAGAUCAAAUUGAACAGAAAAUAGAAAUCAAUACAUCUGAUUUAAUGAUGGGAGUGGAUCUAGAUGGUCAUCGUCAUCACAAUGAACAUGAUUUGAAUCAAUUGAUCUCACAAUCAACUCAACAAUCUUUAAAAAUCGUUUACAUUAUGUUAAAUAUGUUAAUCGUGAUGGCAAACAUGUUAAAGUAUGGGAAUGUGGUGUUUGCACAUCAACGUAAUGAUAAACCAAAAUACAUGUGUCGAUUAUGUAACAAAGAAUUUCCAAAACGUAUGGCAUUACGUAAUCAUGAAGAAUAUAAACAUGGCAUCAAAAAUCAACAACAAACUGCAACGACAGCAUCUACAUCAGCAACAUCUUUGUCAGGAUUACCAGCAUCAGGAAAUAUUAUAAAUACUAGUGAUUUAAUAUUACAACAAUCAAAGGCCACUGGUAAUACAUUGUUAAUGAAUGGUAGUGGGGGCACACCACUUCUUAAUGGAGUUGGAAAUUCUAGUGCUAAUGAUCAUCUAGGACAAGAUAAAAUGCGUAGAAUCCACAUACCGGAUAUAGGGGGCUCGAUUCAAUCAGUUCCAACACAAUCAUCAACGAAAGUUCGUUAUACAAAUGGUGUGCUUGUGGAUGCUAUCAACACAGAAGCAAUGCGUCAAGCAUUACAAGCUCAACAAGCAAAUGGUACAAGCAGUUUACCAUCAUCCGCACCAUUUGCAUUGUUAAGACCAAUUGGUGGAAUACCUGUACUUGUACGUGUUCUGUCCGCACCUCAUGGCAAACAUAUGUUGGUACCUGCCACAGCAGAAGAUUUAAAAGCUCACGGUAAAAUUACAAUUUCUGAUAAUGGGAAUGGAAGUGGAACGGGCAUACAUUUAACUGAUCGUUAUGAUUCAUCUAAAAAUUCGAAUUCAACAACCACUGUACAAAUAAAAAUACCAGUUGUUGCAACCGUGGUACAAAAAUUUGAACCAGAUGGUACAAUGAGUAUGUCUGUUGAAUCGCCUGGUCCUGACAACAAACAAUUAAUUCAAGAUUCCAUCAAUAAUGCUGUGGAUAAUCAUUUAAACAAUACUAAUAAUAGUAAUAUCAAUAUUAAUGAUAAUGAUGAUAACAAUAUGGAAUUUUUAAAGGAAUCCUGUGAUAAUAUGUCCAUAUCAUUACCAAAUAGCUCUGGAUAUAUGAGUUUUCAUGCAGAUACAUCAACAUCAUCACCAUAUAAUUCAAGUAUAACUGAAACAGUUAUAAAAGAUGAUCAAGAUCUAGACACAAGAAAUAUAUCUGUGGUGACGUCAUUAAAAGAUGAUAUUACAAAUAGUACAUUUGAUUCAAUUGAUUUAUCUGUUCCUGUUGACGAUCAUAUAGUUGUCAAUUCUACAGACACUAGCCAUCAACGUUCAUCAUUAUCAAACAAUAAUCAUCAUUCCAAUAAUUAUAACUUUUUUAACAAUGAACAUCAUUUAUUAACUACAGAAAAUCAGUUACGUCAUUAUAAUAAUCAAUUUGAUUCUUAUCAGAUAAUUGGUGAAGAAUUGGCACAACAUAAAACAAACGAUCAACAUUUUAAUAUUCAAACAAAUCAUAACGAUUCAGAUAUCAUCACUAAUAAUAAUAAUUUAAUAUUAAACGAGCAUAGUUUAUACAACGAAGUGAAUCAACAUUUUACAUUUAUUACAAACAGUGGUGCUACCAACUCACAUACUAACAACAAUCAUCAUAUUGUUGAUGAUCACGACAAUGAUCAAAUUGAGAAAUUUGAAAUUUUAUAA